UGGCCAGGAUGAUGGGGGUGACCGGGGUCACUGACUGGCCGGGGCAACCAGAGCGGCCGAGGUCACUGUGGUGAUGGGGUGGUCGGGGUGGGCAGGGCGGACACGGUGGCUGGGAUCACCGGGGUAACCGGGGUGACUGCGAUGAUGGUAUGGCCGGGGUGACCGGGCCCUUCCGCCGGCGCUGCCCACCUCGCAGCGCCCGCACGGCGCCGUUCCGCUCCGCUCCGUGCGCUCUGCCCGCCCUGCCCCGGACACCGAGCUGGGAGCGGGGCCGCGCUCGCCCCCUGCGGCCCCGGAGGCCGCGGCGGAAGCGGCGCGGGGCGCACAUGGCGCUGUACAGCGCGGCGGCCGCGGUGCUGGCGGGGCUGGAGCGCGGCGAGGGCGGCCUCAAGAGCCUCGUGUACAACAGCGGCUUCCCGCAUGUCCGGCAGCUGUACGCGCUGGUGUCCGAGACGCUCCGCUACGCCUCGGUACUGGAGAAGCUGCUGGAUGGAGCCGCACUGCUGCAGGCCGAAAAGAAGCUUGCGCCGCAGCUGGCGAAGGUCUUGGUGUAUGACCUGCUCUUCGGCAAGGGCCUGAAGUGCGGGGGCCGGUGGAAGGCCCUGGCCCGGCGGCACCGGGCACGGCUGGAGGCCGAGCUGGCCCGCAUGAAGGUGCGGCACAAGGUGAGCCGCAACGAGGACCUGCUGGCCCCGGAGAAGGCAGUAAGCACCGCAGCUUCCCAGGUCCCACGCUACGUCCGGGUCAACACCCUGAAGACUUGUGUGGAUGAUGUGAUCGACUUCUUCAAGCGCCAGGGAUAUGCCUAUCUGGGCAAGGCAGCCAGUGUGGAGGAGCUGAAGACCCUUUCUGGAAAAAAAUUCUUGUUGGAUCUGCAUCUUCCGGAGCUGUUGGUUUUCCCUUCGCAGACAGACCUCCACGACAACCUGCUGUAUACUUCAGGACACGUAAUUCUGCAGGACAAGGCCAGCUGCCUCCCUGCCUUCCUCCUUGGCCCUGUUGCUGGCUCCCAUGUCAUCGAUGCCUGCGCUGCCCCUGGAAACAAGACAAGCCACCUGGCUGCCAUCCUGAAGAACAAGGGACAGAUCUUUGCCUUUGAUGUGGACCCCAAGCGCGUGGCCACCAUGAACACACUGCUGACACGGGCAGGGGUCACUGGCUGCCAGCUGGUCCAGCAGGACUUCCUGACUGUGGACCCCAGAGACCCCAAAUACAGCAGGGUGACCCACAUCCUUCUCGACCCAUCCUGCAGUGGCUCAGCAGGAAUGGUGACCCGGGGGCCAGGGGAGGAGGCAGCCCCAAGUGCUGAACGCUUGCAGGCACUGGCUGGCUUCCAGCGCCGCAUCCUCAGCCAUGCCCUGAGCUUUCCAGCUCUCCGGCGCCUGGUCUACUCCACCUGCUCCCUACACCAGGAAGAGAACGAGGAUGUGGUGCAGGCUGUGCUGCAGGAGUGGGGCUCAGCCUUCAGUCUGGUGACUGCCUUCCCAUCCUGGCCCUGCCGAGGACUCGCGGCCUUCUCUGGAGCAGAGAGCUGCCUCCGUGCUUCCCCUGCAGAGACCCUCACCCAUGGCUUCUUUGUGGCUGUGCUGGAGCGCUGCAGGGAAGGGGCUGAUGCCCCCAGCUCCCUGCCUGCAGCAGCCAAGGAGAACCCACAGCCAGGAGAGGGAACAAAGCCAGGAGCAGCUCCCAAGAAGAGGAAAAAGAAAAAGCAGCAGGUGAAAGAGUGAAACAACAUCAUCUGGACAAAUCCCUGCACAGCUGGGGCUGUGGGGAACAUAUACUGGCCUGAACACAAGUCAAGCUAUGUGCUAACUGCAGUCAUAGUGAGAAUUCUGUUACACCAGGGACUGAGUGCCAACACUGGGACCAACCUGGUGCCAAGAAAGGGCAACUGCUCACUCAGGGCUGCCCCUUGCAGCCAACCCCACCCCAUGUUUGCCCCCAAGGCAAUCCCCACUCUGCACCCUGCAGGGCUGGGGUCAUCCAGCUGGAUUAAGGGUGGUUUAUCAUGUUCCCUCUCGAAAAAAAUUCACUGUAGGGAUAAAGCAGAUUAAAAGUUUCUCGCUCUCCA